UAUAUAUAUUUUGAAUUUCUUCUUUAUUACAUGUAUGUAAAUAUAUACAUACAUACACAUAUAGUAUAAUAAUGCUGUCCUUUGGUUAUUGGUUCCUUCUAUAAUCUUGUUUGUGGGAACUUAAAAAAAGUUGAUAUCCUUUUACUCUCUCAAAUAUUAUACAAAAUUAUUGUUUAGUUUCUAUAAAUUAUAUUUAAUGACAUCAUAAAUGUAUUAUAGUAUCCUUAUUAAAUUAUUGUUGCCCAAUUUGUACAUAUUGGGUUGCAUGUAUGGUUGAAUGUUCUGGCAAGAUAGAAAUUCUAGCAAAUAAACUACUGCUAGUUGAAAGUACAAAUACAUAGCCAUACUGGUUGUUGUUUAAUGCAAAAAUAAUAUUUCUAUACUGUAUUAGUUGUAAAAAAUGAAAAUUCGUUGAACAAUUUCCGAAUUUGUUAUUACUAAAAUAUAAACAACUGCAGUAGUUGGGCUGCCAUUACGGACAGAAUCCCGCCAUGAUGCAUAGUAGUGUUUUACAAACCAAUUCGAUAACAUGAUCGAAGGAUCUGGACUGUCUAUUGUAUUUUCAUAAAAACGAUUGUUCGUUUCAUGAAUAUUAAAUUUACAUAUGAUUUUCAUUGAUCCGUGUGUAAAAUUAAGUUUGCGUUAGUGCAAAUAAAUGUGAAUUUUAAUGCAUUUAUGAAUACACCAAAUAGUUUAGUUCGUUUGCUUUCAAGAACACGUAACUGGUUGUUUCUUCAGAAACAUGGCCUGAAUAUCGUUCCAAUGGUGUGGUGAAAUUGUGUGUAUAGAAUUAUUAAAACGUCAUUUUGAUCUUAAAUACAUUUACGCACUAGCAAAAUGACAUCGAUACAUUUUGUUGUGCAUCCGUUACGAACAGACGAUCAGUUAAAUGAUAGGUUAAAGGAAGUGGCAGAAAAGAUCAACAGAUAUGGAUUUGUCACAUUACCAGCAUUUAGCGGAUUGAAGAUCGCAGUAAAGCGCAUUGUUGUUGGACCGACGCAUAUUGCCCUUCUUACAGAGGAUCAUAAAAUUUGCAGAGUUGCGUUUACAGUAUUGUCAGACAGACUGGACUUGAGUAAAAAUGAACCACAUAGAAACACAAAUAAAAACCAUGUUGGCAACUCCAAUUCGGCACCAAAUAACGGUAACAGCAGUGGAAGUGGAAGCAGAGCGGGAAUGUCUAGAUCUCGUGCAAGAAUUAUGCGCGGUAGUUCUGCUAUCCGAGGAAGUGGCAGCAGGGGAGGAAGUAGUAGCGGCAGGAUAGGGCCUCCAGGUGUAAUUAUGGGUGGUGGAAGCGGUAGCAGCUCGCGUCCUAUCGCAUUGGUACCUGCUCCAUUUGUCCAGAAGAUCUCAUUCACAGCUCAAGUGGUAUUGCAAGGAAAAAGCCGCAAUCUUAUUAUUAGAGAAUUACAGCGUACAAAUUUAGAUGUAAACUUAGCAGUAAAUAAUUUACUGUCACGAGACGAUGAAGAAGGCGAUGAUGCAGAAGAUGCGGCAGAUACCUAUGUUCCAGAAGAUCUUAUUUCGUUGUUAGACGGUGGAUUUAGUAAUGAACAUUCUGUUAUAAUUGAUGCAGAUUCUAUGUUCUCUGAAGACAUGCUUGGAUAUACAGGAAUGAGAAACCGUGGAAAUUCUUCGCGUAGAAUAGGCAACGAUAGGGAGGGUGAACGUGCAUCCGAGCGAGACAGGGAUCGUGAUAGUUUUAGUAGAUGGAGAGAUCGUCAGUAUUGUGGACCACGGCGUUGGUUAGAAACAGCACUCAAAGAAUCUUGGGAAAAAGAUUCUGAUAACAAAAAGAAAGAAUUAGCUUCUCAAACAUUAUGGAUAUCAGAGGAAUUGGAGUGGUGGCACGAACGUAGUAGCGAUCCUGCUCCACGUUUUGUACAAAUUGCUUCACUUUACAGUGAAUUAAUUGCUGUUUCUGCCGGAGGACAAUUAUAUCAAUGGAAGUGGUCCGAAUCUGAACCGUACAAAGAUCCAGAGAAUCCAAAUAUACAUCAUCCGAAAGCUCCGUGGUUAGCGAUAACAUCAGAAAAGAUAGUUAACAUAUCCGCAACAGCAAUUCGUUGUUCAGUCAGCAGUGAAAGUGGCAAAGUAGCUACUUGGCUCGACGAGCUUCUGGGACAUGUUGCUUCUCGUCUUGAACAUCCAGCUCAAACUUUUACUGAAUUUACGUUGGAUAAAAUAGUAUCCCUUCAUACUUGUGCUCUGUACACUGUUGCCAGACUUGAGAGUGGUGCACUGUACUGGUGGGGGGUGUUACCGUUUGCGCAACGCAAAAAGUUAUGGGAAAAAUAUAAAGCUAAAUCACGUAAACAUAGACCAUCUACAAUAUCGAACGAUAAGUAUGGAACCCACGUUUGCAUGAAAAACAGUCCUAUAUAUCAACCUGGCGCAAUAGGAUUUACAAUUGCCAAUGGUGUUCCAAAAGUGGGACAGUUAUUAGUAGCAGCUUGGAAUUUAGAUGACACUUACAGAUUUAAAAUAUUACCGGCUGGAACUCACUUACCUAGUGCUAACGUAGACAAACGCGAGACAAAUGGAAAUAACGGAACAACGGGUACUAUAAAUAAGACCAAUCAUAAAGAAACUGCUGACCCUGACAUGCCUCCACCUCCCUCGCCAGCUUCGAGCACUUGUAGCGAUACUGGUAGCAUCACAACAAGUCACAAAAGACAGAAGCGUGUUACGCCUAGAAAUGAAGGAGAAUCAGAAAGGAAAGACGAGGAGGAUUGGCAGUUAAAGGAUGUCGUUUUUGUGGAAGACGUAAAAACUGUACCCUUGGUAUGUUUUAUGUAUCGAAUAAGCAACUGAUACCUUGAUAUUUAACAAUUUUUUUUUUUUUUUAUAUAUUUAGGUAAAGUAAUAAAAGUUGACGGUUGUUAUGUUGCUGUAAAAUUCUUUUCGAAAGAUUCAAAGGAGAAAGAAAAAGAAAUUAAGGAAAAGGAUUUCAACACAUCAGAUUUUAAAGACUUGACAGCUGAAGAGUCGAUCAAAUUACUGGCUGACUGUAGAUUGUUGAGAAAAGAUGAAUUACGGGUAAUAAAAUCGUCAAUGAACCCAAGAGCUCCAGAUUGUUUUCAACGUACUCCCAGAAGAGUGCAUAUGGUUGAAGGAUCAAAUGAUAAUAUCUUAACCAUUGCUACAGAUGGUCAAGGUAUUCAUGCUAUCCUAAAAACUGGAAAUAAAUUGAGUUAUGUCGUAUAUAAUUUAAGCACUGGAAGAUAUGUACAGAUUGCUAUAUUCCAUCAGAUACCCUCAUCAUUCUUAGGUUUUACAGCCUCAAAUAUCAGUCUGACAAGCGCAGGAGAGAACAUUGAAUGUUCUAUGAUACGUAGAGACGGAAAUAGUGCUACUUAUCCGUUAGUAAAAGAUUGUGCCGAUGCUAUUCGUGAUCCAAAUUGGCUAGAUCUAGUUCCGGUACUUGUAUCGGUGCUUAUCGACCAUUCCUAGUUACCAACCUGUUCUAAUGAAACCAACAUGAAAAACCAAGUUGCAGUUAUUGCAUUAAGCAUUUGAAUAACCUUUUACUCAUGGCCGCGUAGACUGAGAUGCGAUUAUGAUAGCGUUAAACAAGUAUUCUGUAAUUUAGAACAAGAUCACAGUAACACAAUAUUAAUGAGGCGCUGCGAUGGUAACCGUAACAUUUUACAUGCUUGUAUCAGUAUGUGCUCACCAACCUUCGCAACAAGAAAUGAUCAAGGUAUCGAACGCGAAUUAGUCCAAAAUACUGUGGAUGGUCCGUCAGCGCCGAUCGAAGAACCGAUUCCAACUUUAAGUUGGCCACCGGAAGCGUUUGAUAACACUUCCGGCGAAGAAGAUAGCUUGCUUAGCAUUGGUGCUGCCAGUAUCUCUAUGAUGAAUAAAUCAGGCGUUGGAGACUCAAAUAACACUUAUAUCAUAGACUCUGUUGAAAGAAGGAACAAUGCAUCUAUAUUAAAGUACAUGUGUGAGAGUAGCGUACUGGCGCCCCAUCUGAAGGAAUUACUCACAGCAAGUAACUAUUUCCAUUCGGAUGUUCAAGGUCAGACGCCAUUAAUGCUUGCUGUCUCAGUCCGUGCAUAUCACGCAAGCCUCAUUUUAUUGGACACUAUUCAAAGAGUUGGGAGAGAUCAGAAAGAAUGUUCAGAAUGCUACUUCCUACCGAUGCCAAUCCAGAUUGUGUCACCGUUAUUCGUCACUUGCUGCAACGAUACUUUGUAGUUUCACUGGACUGGAACCGAGCAUAUCAAUCAAGAUAUUUUCGAGUGUCGAACUUGUGGAUUGACCGAAUCUUCUAUGCUGUGUGCACAGGAAUGUGCUCGCGUUUGUCACAGAGGACACGAUUGUAAAAUGAAAAUUACUACUCCCACAGCUUACUGUGAUUGCUGGGAGAAAUGUAAAUGUCGAGCUCUGAUUGCGGUUCAUCAAGGUGCCCGUUACGAACUUCUUUGUCGAUUGGUAGUGAACACUGAUCGAGCCACGAAAAUAAACUCGAGGGUGGAAAGUAUUUUACUGUUUCUAGUUCAGACUGUAGGAAGACAGCUAGUGGAGCAACGACAAUGCCGUUCAGCACCCCGACAACGUUCAACGCUCUGCAAGGCAAAGGGACCAUCCUCCGAUGGUUGAGCGCUGUCAAACAUGCCGGAUCAUGACUUGGAACCUCCUCGUUUCAGUCGUAAAGCUUUGGAAAGAUUAUUGAACGAUUGGCCAGCAGUUCAAUGCAUGAUAAUGUCAGGCGUAUCUGUAAAUGGCAAUGAUCAAUUGUUCGGCGAUCAAGGACAGUUGUGCCGUCAAAGUGGAACCGCGUUGCUUGACAAAUUUACACAUUCGCUGUUGGUUAAAUGCAGUGCCGAGAUGCUGGAUACUUUGCUGACAACGUUGAUACGAGAGUUACAAAAUGAUACCGUACCUGGACGACAAGAAGAAGCGAAUAACGUUGCGCGUCGAUUUGUUCGGUCUGUAGCUCGAAUAUUCGUCAUUUUCACGAUAGAAAUGGCACCAAAUACGACAAAAAGAAGAGGCACCAGUCAGGCAUCACAGCCUUUGAUGAAAUGCCGUAAAGUUUUCCAAGCACUUAUCAAAUUAGCAGUGGAAGAACUAUGCGAAACUGCCGACUCAUUGAUAGCACCUGUCAGGUUAGGCGUCGCCCGUCCAACGGCACCCUUUACAUUGACCAGCUCGGCGAUAGAAGUGAUCAAUGGUUCGGAAGAAUUGUUCUCUAUAGAACCAUUGAUACCUCACAGUGGUGUUAGUUCUCAAACCUUAGACGCUGCUUUGCAAACGCAACAAGGAAAUAAUAAUAUAGCUAUCGCCAGAGACGUUUCUGCCAUCGAUGAAACGGAAGGUGGCGAAGAAGGUCCUAUGGAUGUGGAUGGUGAUAUAAGCGAACACGAGGAAUCUGGAGUUUCUGGAACAGUUGCUGGCCAACCGAUGGGUGAAAUUGAUAGCAAUGCUGGAGGCGUGAGCGAGGAACAAGCAGGAGACGGCGAAUCCGAUACAGAACUGGAUCUGUUGGCGGAAGCGGAAACAGAAUCGGACUCGGACGAUAAUCACAGCAAUCAAGACGCAGCAUCUGCCCAACGGAGUGUGCAAACUGGUGCUACCGCAGGUUCCGAUGGUGGAAUGGGAUCCAUUUUGCUAUUCCCAGAGGAUGAGUCCGGUGAAUCGAGCCAACAGGAGGACGAUGAAAGUGAAGCUGGAGAAACCGACGAACAGGAUAACGAAGAUUUCCAAAUUGGUGACGAGCAAUUGGAGCGCCGAAGCGGUUCGUCUGGUCAUUUACACCGCAAUAAUCUCGCGCCUGUUUCGAUGCAAUGGGCAAUCCGUAAUCGCGAAACAAGUACACGCACAGCAGGAUUACGGGUAACAGGUGGCAGUAAUCUGAGUUUCAUUGACUCUGCAUCUUUAAGACGUACUACUGCAACAUCUGCUGUUGCAGCUGCACAAGAGCCCAUUAUUAUGGGCACUACUACAAGUUGUUUGGCACGUGCAUUUGGAAUUGUAAUUCGACAGAUAACUGAUCUUUUAGUUAUGAUGCAAGAUUACAAAACACUGGCACCUUCUUUGCCACGACUGAUGGAAAUCACUUACCAGGAUGCACUGAAUCUACAGAUGUAUCUUGAGUCACAUUUAAAACCCACGUGGGAUUGGUUGCUCACAGUGAUGGAUGCCACAGAGGCACAAUUAAGAUUUGGAGUAUCUUUGACACGUAGUGCUGAUCCUACACACCCAGAACAUCCAUUGAACAAUGCUCCAUCUUUGUCUGGAGGCAAUUUCACUGGAUUAUUGAACACAGCCGCUUUAUCUUUGACAUUGCAAUCUAAUGCAGGUCGGAAUCAACGCAGUGGUAUCGCUACGAGCUCCAAUAUCUCCACUCCGCAAGCUUCUACAAGACUCACCGUUGGUUUUGCCGGUGGUGGUGAACCUUCGAGGAACAGUAGAGAACGUGAGGGUGGUGAUGCACAUUCGGCAAGGCGUGAAUUUUUAUCCUAUUGCUUGUCAUUGAUGCGUGCUCACAACAGCGAACACAGAGAUAGCUUGCCGGUAUUAGACGUUUCUGCUUUGAAACACGUUGCUUACGUUUUCGACGCGCUAGUCUAUUACAUGCGUGCACUUUCUGAACCGAUGUCAUCUAGAGGAGAGACUCAAAAAGAAUCAUCAAACUAUUCCAGUUGGAACGAUCAGGAUGAAAAUGACAAUGACGAAGGAGAAGAAUACAAUUGUCCGGUUCCUACCGCGCUAGAAACAGACUCGGUCGAUUACCCUGAUCUACUUCAGGUUCCUAUUUGCGGCUCCGGAAAUAACAGUAACAGUACGCCGAAAGGAAGGAAACAUCCCUUCUUGCAGAGAUCAGAUUCUACGUUAUGCCUUGGUUGUCCGCCUCUCGAUCCGUUUGAUACUGUCAUGAGCGAGGCUUUACCUUUAGCUGAUCAACCGCAUUUAUUGCAACCCCAUUCAAGACGCGAGGAUCUUUUUGGUAUUCCAAGACAGCCAUCCACGAGUUCUUCAGGAUCAAAUCAAAAUAGACUAGAGGGAUUGCCCACGAGACUUGGUCUAUCCGCGCGAGGAACUGAUAAUCAGAAUACUCCAACGCCAACGUUCAGUCAAGUGAUUCAGGGACCUGCUUUCAUGUCAUCGGACGCAAAGCGUAGUUCCAUGUCAGCUGGAGAUUCAAAACACGUGGAAAAGGCAAAAUCAUUUAAUCAAACAAAUGAUAAUCAUACACUUGUCGCGGAACAAAUCGAUCGAGCCCCGAUUAUAGUUUCUACUAAUAAUCAAAAUGAUCAAGCAGCAGGAAGUACCAAAAAUAAUAAGGAUGUAUGUAAAAUGAAUAGAAGCGUUAUUGUUAGAGCUGGAACUGUUUCGGAAUCGAAUGCAAAUAAAGCAGGUGCUUCAGAAAUGAUGGUGGUGUCAAACGAGAUGCAAAAUGUAUCAGAAGAGACAGAUCAAUCGGCUUCCAAUCACGAAACAUCAACAGCACAUGAAACAGUUGAAACAAAUCCAGUUCCAUCUAUUGGCACGAAUAUAUCGCACAACAUUUUGUUGGGCCGUUGGAGAUUGUCUCUCGAUUUAUUCGGACGAGUUUUCAUGGAAGACGUUGGUUUGGAAGCUGGUUCAGUCGUGUCCGAAUUAGGAGGUUUCCCGGUAAAAGAAGCAAAAUUCCGUAGGGACAUGGAGAAGCUUCGUAACUCACAACAAAGAGACAUUAAUUUAUUAAAAGUUGAACGAGACCGAACGCAGCUAUUAGUGCAGACAAUGAAGGAAUUAAACACACAGUAUAAUUUAUAUAAUAGGCGUGCCUCUAAUACACCGCCGUUAGCAGUGAGUCGUGUUAAAGUGAUUUUCAAGGAUGAACCCGGCGAAGGCUCUGGAGUAACUAGAAGCUUUUAUACUGCAAUCGCAGAGGCAUUGCUUGCAAACGAAAAACUGCCCAAUCUUGAAGCAGCCCAAGUAGGCUCCAAAUAUACGCAAUAUAAUGUGCUUCAGAAAUUAAAAAGUAGAGACCGUGAUCGUGAUUUAAGACGACAAAAUCCUCGAUCUUCUGGAAAAUGUCGAGAGACGCGAAGAUUAUCGUUCGAAGCUCGUGCUUUUCAUCCAUCCACGUCUGUCGAAGGAAGCAGUAAUUCUGGUGCUGGUAGUUCCUCCUCCAAUUCCCAUCCGCUACCUGUUAGUCAUCCAAAUAACGAUCACUUGACCAUGCAUCAACAACAACUUGGGGAUAGACUGUAUCCAAAGGUUUACGCAUUACGACCCGCAUUAGCUGAUAAAAUAACUGGUAUGCUGUUGGAAUUAUCCCCUGCACAGCUGUUGAUGUUACUAGCCUCAGAAGAUGCUCUGCGGCAAAAAGUAGAAGAAGCAUUUGAAUUAAUCCGUAGUCAUAGUCAGGAAACGGCAAGAGAAGCACUGCUAGAUCUUGAUGUAUUCAGUUUAAUAGCGCGGUGCGGAGCAAACAAGAAAAAGAUUGAGAAUAGUAUUUUAGACGACACCGAGGACAAUGCCCCUCUCUUCUAUUCUCCAGGGAAAAGAGGCUUUUACACACCGCGCCAAGGAAGAGCUAGCUACGAACGACUGAAUGCAUUCAGAAAUGUGGGCAGACUUAUAGGGUUGUGCCUGUUACAAAACGAGUUGUGCCCUAUAUUUUUGAAUCGUCACGUGAUAAAAUAUAUCUUGGCAAGACCAAUACGUUUCCAUGACCUUGCAUUUUUCGAUUCUGUAAUUUAUGAAAGUCUAAGGCAACUCGUGAUCGAUUCUGAAACCAAGGAUAGUAACAGUUUAUUUUCUGUUCUUGAUCUUAACUUUAGUAUUGAUUUGUGUCCCGAAGAAGGAGGGGGUUCGAUCGAACUUAUUCCUAACGGUCGUGAUGUAGAAGUAACAGCAAGUAAUGUUUACGAUUAUGUGCGGAAAUAUGCGGAAGUUCGUAUGAUCAAGGUACAAGAGAAAGCUUUGCGCGCUAUGAGAGAAGGGGUAUUCGACGUGCUACCAGAAGGGGCACUCGAUGGCUUAACAUCCGAAGAUUUGAGGCUUCUUCUGAACGGAGUUGGCGAUAUUAACGUUUCCGUUCUGAUAUCGUAUACUUCGUUUAAUGACGAAUCAGGAGAAUCUGCAGAUAAAUUAGCGAAAUUCAAACGAUGGUUAUGGUCUAUCGUUGAAAAAAUGACGCAUUCUGAACGACAAGACUUGCUAUACUUUUGGACAGGAUCUCCAGCAUUACCGGCAAGCGAAGAUGGUUUUCAACCAAUGCCGACUGUGACAUUACGACCAGCAGAUGAUGCUUAUCUACCAACUGCAAAUACAUGUAUUUCCCGUAUAUAUGUUCCAUUGUACAGCUCUCGUCACGUAUUAAGACAUAAACUACUUCUUGCUAUUAAGACAAAGAACUUCGGAUUUGUAUGAAUAUAUAGAUUCUAUAGAUAUAAAUAUAUAUAUAUAUAUAUAUAAUUAUAUAUAUACAUAUACAUAAGAUAUAUAUAAUAUAGUGCAUAUUAUAUAUACAUUAUGUAUAUCAUAUAUAUUAUGUGACCAUGUUUGUGCGCAAUAGCCCUAAAAAGAAGUCACAUUAUUGAUAAUGAUACGAGAAACAAAAAAAAAAGUUGUAUGUUGUUAUUUUUUUCCUUCCUAGAAAAAAAAAUUUAUAACAUUUAUAAAUUUAUAAGCUGUAAUUAUGAAUUCUGAUUUCUUUUAUUGAAAAAGUGGUUUUUCAUCGUAAUAAGAUUUUAUGUUAAAUGUCCUCUUUAGUCUUUAUAGUGAUCAAAUAAAACUUUCUCAAAAGCGA